GUAGAUAUAAAUAACGAAUAAAAUGUUUUCUUGAGGAGGGGGAGAAUAAGGCUCACUUGCGUUCUGUGGCCGGAUGGAAUUUUAGGAGUUGUCCGCGCGCUCUGUUGAUAUUUCACCAUCGGGACUGGACUGUUUCUUGACCUGCUUUUGGGUGGCAACAGUGACAUUGACAUUCUGUGGAGCAGACAACCUGUGCGCCCGUGAGCCGGUGAGACGCGUCCUCUUGUCAUUUCAGCUCUCCAGACUGAUCAUUUUCCCUCAUCAUUGGUGAAAUCUGAGUUAUUUCCUGUUCGGGCAUCAGAUAACACAGGAGUGAUGGCCACAUCUGAACCGAGAGCCACCGGCGGAGACCAGGACCCUAAUUCAGCCAAUUUAAGACCUCCAUCGGCAACCAACGAAUAUGCGUGGAUGCACGGAUGCACACGGAAACUGGGGAUGAAGAUUUGCGGGUUCCUGCAGAAGAACAACAGUCUGGACGAGAAAGGCAGGCUGGCGGGCCAUAAGAACCUUCUCUCCUGCGACAAUAGCGGCAGGGAGUCCUGGUUCCGCCGAACCGAGACUGACUUCUCCAACCUUUAUGCCAGAGAUCUUUUGCCGGCCAAAAAUGGCGAAGAGGCCACCAUGCAGUUCCUGUUGGAGGUGGUUGACAUCCUCACCAACUAUGUGAAGAAAACAUUUGACCGCUCCACCAAGGUGCUGGACUUCCACCACCCUCACCAGCUCCUUGAGGGCAUGGAGGGCUUCAACCUGGAGCUGUCCGACCAGCCAGAGUCCCUGGAGCAGAUCCUGGUGGACUGCAGGGACACGCUCAAAUAUGGAGUCCGGACAGGCCACCCACGUUUCUUUAACCAGUUAUCUUCUGGUUUGGACAUCAUUGGAUUGGCUGGAGAGUGGCUCACUUCCACUGCCAACACCAACAUGUUCACCUACGAGAUCGCUCCAGUAUUCGUGCUGAUGGAGCAGCUGACUCUGAAGAAGAUGAGGGAGAUGAUUGGCUGGCCAGCAGGAGAAGGAGACGGCCUCUUUUCUCCAGGUGGUGCUAUCUCCAAUAUGUACAGUGUGAUGAUCGCACGCUACAAGUAUUUCCCCGAAGUUAAAACCAAGGGCAUGUCUGCUGCUCCCCGCCUUGUCCUUUUCACAUCUGAACAUAGCCACUAUUCCAUAAAGAAGGCUGGAGCUGCCCUGGGCUUUGGGACAGAUAACGUAAUCCUGCUGAGCACAGAUGAAAGAGGAAGAGUCAUACCUGCAGAUCUAGAAGCCAAAAUCCUUGAUGUGAAGCAGAAGGGUUACGUACCCCUCUUUGUGAACGCCACAGCCGGCUCCACGGUGUACGGUGCGUUUGAUCCCAUCAAUGAGAUUGCUGACAUUUGUGAGAAGUACAACUUGUGGCUUCAUGUUGAUGGUGCAUGGGGAGGCGGACUACUGAUGUCCAGGAAGCAUCGCCAUAAACUCAAUGGAGUUGAGAGAGCAAACUCAGUCACGUGGAAUCCACAUAAGAUGAUGGGCGUCCCUCUGCAGUGUUCAGCCAUCCUGGUCAGAGAGAAGGGAAUCCUGGCAGGAUGUAAUUCCAUGUGCGCUGGCUACCUGUUCCAACCAGACAAACAGUACGAUGUCACCUAUGACACAGGGGACAAAGCCAUCCAGUGUGGCAGACAUGUGGAUAUCUUUAAGUUCUGGCUAAUGUGGAAAGCCAAGGGCACCAUCGGGUUUGAGCAGCACAUUGACAAGUGUUUGGACCUUUCCCAGUACUUGUACAACAAGAUCAAUAACAGGGAGGGGUUUCAGAUGGUGUUUGAUGGAGUGCCUCAGCACACAAACGUUUGCUUCUGGUACGUCCCACCCAGCCUGAGAGGAAUGAGCGACAGCGAGGAGAGGCGGGAAAAACUCCACAGGGUGGCACCAAAGAUCAAAGCCAUGAUGAUGGAGUCAGGGACCACCAUGGUGGGCUACCAGCCUCAAGGAAAUAAAGUCAACUUCUUCAGAAUGGUGGUGUCCAACUCGGCAGUCACACAGUCUGACAUCGAUUUCCUCGUCGAUGAGAUUGAAAGGCUGGGCCAAGAUCUGUAGAACGCACGAGCUUUCAUCCCUUCCAGAGACCAAACUCAAAAAGAUUUAUGUCAAAAAGAAAACCUGGCGAGGAGGAACGUUCGCAACACUGCAGGCGAAGACGUUUCGGGUCAUUUCCCUACAGUUGGUCUUUGCCUGGAGCGCUGUGACUGUUUCUGCAGCCACAAAGAAAUCCAACACUCAAUGAUCCACAUAAUUCCUUCUACAAAAAGUACACAACUGAAUUCUUCAGGUACAAAAAAACUUAAUAUGAAAUAUUAACCUGCUGUUCAGUCUUUUGAUGUGUAAAUAUACGUGAUCUAGUUCCUGGUCCAAACACAUCUGUCUUUUAAAGGCGAUGUCACAAAAACACUACAUACAUUUUGCACCUAUUGCACUAAUGACAUGUUGGUCUUUCGUGAUACAUGCGUGAUUUAAGUAAUUCAUAAGUGUUUCUUGCGUUUAUCAUUCGUCGAUGUGCGCAGAUGUCUGUCAAGGAUUUCGCCAGACAAGUCUACGCAAAUUCAGUUUGGAGCCGUUCAAACUUUUAUGUCGGUUUAGAAUUUCGAAGUUUAUGCUUAUUUUACAUAGUUUAUACGCAAUUAUUACGUACAUCUUAUGCCACUGUGUGUGAUUUUUAGCAAGAUUUUUGCGAGAUUGCGUGAAAAGUCUGUGUGUAACUGACUUUUCUGGCAUGUAACACUGAUGUUUAACUUUUAUAUCACGUAUACGGUGCACAUGUCACGUUCAAAUUAUGUAAUUAACGCAUGAAUCACUGAUGAAUUGCAUAAAAAAGGCGCCAUAAUCACACACGGUUCCUGUUGUAAAUUGUGUUCUUUGCGUGGUUUAUUAAUUACGUUUUGUGGGGUUUUAACGUGGUUUGUUUGUGAUACAUCUAUAAAAUUGUACAACCUUUCUCACUUUUUCCACAUAUAUUCACGUAUGACCAGUUUUUAUUCAUGCAAUAUGUGCUAAAUGUAAGAAGUGGCUGUGUGAUAUGACCUUAAGGUUUAUGUGUGCCUGGGUGUGCGUGAGUGAAUAUUUUAAAUCCCAGAAAGAGGAAAAAAAUGCACAGAUUAUUUAAAAUGUUAUCAAAUUAUUUUAUUUUAUCACACAUUUGCUUCUCACAGCUUGAUGUUUGUCCUGAACGUGUGAUAAAUACAUUACGUGUUUCCUGGAUGAAUCUAUGUAUGCAUAUACGGCGUAGAAGUGUUUGUACACUGAGAGACUUUAGUAUCCUCUGGCAGGAGUUCUACAAUCUAAAAUAGCUUUUCCUGUAGAAGCUUGAUUAUGAGAUCAAUAUUUAGAAUGACUUUGGUCCUUGUGAACCGCUGGUUUGUCCUGUAAACAAAGCAUUUAUGCAAUACCUAUAGAGAUUACAAGAUUAUAUACAGUUUAAUAUACAGAUGAAUAUUUCUUGCGAUUCCGCUGCAGAUUCAGGUCUUUUGCUGUCAGAGUAUCGGUUUGCGUCUUACCUGUAAAAUGUCAGUGAAUGCACUUCCAUUAACUUUGAAGGAAUCUAUACGGAUUCAUUGUGUUCGCCAAAGAAAGAAGGAAAGAAAGAAAAACAGAGCAAUCCAUCGUCUUUUAUGCUGUACUUUUCGCAAGCAAUGUUGGUGUUUGACAAUUCUGCCUGUUUAUCUUCAACUAUGAUGCAAUUAAUAGAGUUUAUUUUUGUGACUGUGAAUUGUUUUUGGCUGAAUGUUUGGAAAUGACUGACGGGCCUUCUGAUAAGAUGUAGAAUGAUCUUCUGCUGUUUGUUUUUCUCAUUUUUUAGUGGGAAGCACAAGGAUGUGAGAAUGUAUGCUUCUCUGGGCUGGGAAGAAAGAGAUGUCUUAUUGGUUUAAAUCCUACUGCAUUUACUGUAAUAUAAUAUAUUAAUUGUAAAACAUAUUACUUGUACUGUUAAUGUUACAGGGGCCCAUGUGAAAUACCUUGUAUAGAGGUUCCUGUUGGUGUCUUUGCACAUUGUUCUUCUGUCUUUCUUCCAUUGUAAAUGGAUGUGUGUUCAGAUAUAUUAUAAGUAAAUAUUCAUCCUUAUUAGGGGCCGUAUGUGAAUGGCACAACCACAAAUGUCAUAUUUAAGGGAAUCUGUACUGUAUGUUGCCAAUGACUUUCCGAAGUGACCGCCUUGGGUUUGAUGAAGCUAGCUGUAAGGGAUUCCUUUCCCAGGACGUUUUCAGUAGGCACUUUAACCGAAAGACCAUCAUAGAAAAAAAAUAAAAAUAAAUACAUUUGAAUUAA